AAAGUAAAAAGCGAAUACACAAUACUAGUACGUACACGCACCACAUACACAAUCAAUCAGAAGGUUGUACAUUCUUUCGCUGCAUGUUUUAGCGAUCAGGAUUACAACCGAGCGACAGGUGGGAAUAUCGCGAGUGGUUUCUAUUAAUAUGCUGUCGGCGCCGAACGAAAAAAAGUGGAUAUACUAUCUGUAUUAGAUUGGAAAGUGUUCAGAAACUAUCCACAGCUGGAAAACCACGGAAUAAACCCCUCUCCGUCGAAUUCUGUUGAUAUUUCAACAACUUGGUCGUCAUCAUAUUUUUCACCGUGAUGGUUCCGGUUCUUCUCGCCUGGAGGUAACUACAUCAUUGGAAGACCAUGAGUAAUUGGAGUAUCAAACAACGAUUGCGGGAGGAAAUUUUGGAAGCCGUUGAGAAAGGGGAUACGGAGAAAGUUGAAUACUUGCUUGGUAGAGGAGCAGAUGUAAACGAAAGUGAGGGAGGUUAUAUUGCUAAGAAAACUGUUCUGUUAUUAGCAAUAGAGAAGAAUCAUGAACACAUUGCAAAGCUCUUGGUUGAUAAGGGUGCCGAUUUAACCGUCACUGUAACAUUAUCUGGUACGAAAAAGACAGUACCCGACAUUGCCAGAGACAAGGGAUUCAAUGACUUGGCUAACUACAUGCAAUAUAAACUUGACAUGAACGAGAGAUUAACAGCUUCGGUCAAAGACGGUUAUAUCGAUUACGUACAAGAUAACAUCAAUCGAGGUGGUGAUGUCAACGUCAUGUAUCGACCUCCUGAAAUAGACCAACCAGAUUGUACACUAUUACAACUAGCUCUCAUAAAAGGUCACGUGGAUAUUGCCAAGAUUUUACUUCAAAAUGGCGUCGAGUUACAUCACGUGAUGAAGUGGGAUGAUCAGUCAGAAGAUACGGCGAAAAGCUAUGCAGAAAGAAUGAAUUAUGACGAUAUAGUCAAAUUAAUCGAGGAAAAAUUAAAAGCAUUACCAAACAACAAUUCCAAAGUGGCUAAUGGGAAUGGCGUUUCAAAUUAUGAGGAAAUCAACGAAACGAAAGGGAAACACGUUGAAGUAUAUGAUAUAGAAGACGUGGAUGAAUUACAGGAAAACAACACAGCUCCAGCUAUGCAGGCUCAUCAGAAGAAGAAGAAUGGCAACUGCGUCAUUAGUUGAUAUUGCAAUCAAGCAAAAAGACUUUGAAUAUACUGCUUCCAGUAUAAGCGCCUGUUGUCAUGGUGAGAUUGGUACCAGUGACUUGAUCCGUCUACAAGAUGUUCACCAUCUUCUGAGGAAACGCACACCUCUCCUCUGCAUUCUCCCAACCUAGCUAUAGGCUGCUUCUUUUUAUGGCUUUACAAACAAGCAUAAAAUGACUCAUGACAGGCUCCAGCAUAUCCCCAUGUUCUGGUAAAGUACAUGUGCACCCGAUCUAGCUUCAUCUCAAAGAGUAUAAAUUCCUCUCAAAUCUAAUAUAAUGAUACGAUAAUGUCUUUUUAAGAAAAUAACUCAAUGGCUUGUUUUAAAAGAGGGUUUAUCCAUUUCUGCGUUAUUCAAAUUUCAGAAUUGAUAAUCAUUCUCAUGUAGGGCUUUCAUGUCAUAAAGUUAAACCGAGUUAAUUAAUGAGCUUUGGAAUGAUGCAUCAACUGGUGACGUCACUUAUCUCCCCUUGGAGUUCCGCCAUGAUAAUUCAUGACAAUCAAACAUAGUUGAGAUGUAAUAUAUAAUCAUUAGAGAAACUAUCUGAAAAGAAUGCUGCACAUUGUUAUGUAAUUGCACACUAAAAACUGAAUGUUAAAUGAGCAGUAUUAUUGAAUUGAUUUUAAUCGUGAGGGAACAUCCGAAAUUAGAUAACAAGUUUAAUUUAAUACAGUAUUGAUUAUGUAUAUUAUAAUAUUUCUGAGCUUAUUCUGGAUUCAACCUGAAUAAGAAAUCAAACUUGGCUUGACAUUGAAUAAUAUAUCAACCGUUUAGUUAAUACAGUUAGUUAUGGUAUCAGAAUAAAUAAAGCACCGAAUUUCCUGUUCUAUGAUAUAGCGUGCAAUAUUAUAUUUGAUAUUGAUGACCUCCGUCCUUUUUGUAAGAAGUAUAAUAUAUUUAUAUUUUUAUGUAAUGCGUAGUUAUAUAUUUUAAUGAAAUAAAUAGUGUUGAUAAAUAAUAUAUAAAAAUGAUUAAGGAAUAAGAGUGUGUGUAGGCUUAAAAUUUAGCUUAUAUUUAAUUUAAUUUCUAGAUAUAUCCUAUUUUUCAAUCGUGGACAAAUUUCACAAUUUUCCAGCCCAAUUUUACAGUAAAAAUAGCGAAAAACUUUACGACAGACCCAGAUCAAUAAUGGAAUCUGUGUAGCCCCCUCCCAAAUAAAAAAAAUAGACAAACGGAUGAAAAAAAAUACAGUAACCAAUGCAAUUUCAAGUCGCGCAGCAAGUUGCCAGGAAUUCGAUGCAUUUUUAUUUUGUCGGUAAAUUUCAUUUACAGUAUAGGGUCUUUUCUACACUGAUUUCACCGUUAAAUUGGGUCUUUCGUAAAGCUUACGCUAUUUUCACAGUAAAAUUUGGCCUGGGAUUGCGGUUUCCCUGUUGAAGUUAUGUUUUUUUUAUAGUGAGUAUUCAUCAGUGAAACUUGUGUUUGAUUUUAAUGAACAAUAUUGAACAAUUCUAUAUCUUUGAUGGGCACCCGUCAGCGCAUGGACUUACUGCUCUGUCAGGGUAUAGUAGCUCCAUGGUCACCAGACCUUUAUCAAUUUGCCAAAUUUGCUUGAAGCUUUCAUCUGUCUAUUGCCCCCUGAAAAUAUUCACUCUUUAAAGAGUUCAUUUAUCUUUAAGUGAAAAGAUCCCAUUUUGGAGUGACCUCAUUGAACGCUUGAGAUCAAUCAAGACAUGCACAUUUCACUCUAAAUCCACUAUCGAUUUACUCUUUUGUAGUUUACUCCUAAAAGAGAAUGAUAAUGCACUCAUUUCUGGUGAAAAAUCUUCAAGGUGGCAUGGCACUUGAUAUAAAUCGCCUACAGACUAUAGGCGAUUUAUAUGUUUGUAUAUAUGCACGAGUAGCUGAAUGUGAAUUUUAAAUCUCAGUUUUAUUACAUGCUCAGUGAACAAAACAUCUCAAAAGUGUCUAUAAUACAAUGAUGGUGUAUGUAUAUAACUUUAUUGUUUGUGGGUGUGCAUUGUAUAAAGUAAUCUAUCAUCACAAAUAUUUUUAUCAGUCUUUGUGGUCGUUUAGCUGGCACGGUGUCCAGUUUCUGUUCAAGUUUAACGCCUUGUAUAAAAUGCCUUGUAAUGAUGGCAUGCAUGGUUUAUUUAUGGCUGGUUAUGCGACAUGUGCAUUUCGUGAUUCUAUGCGGCGGUGUUAUACCAGGAAAGAACAUAAAGCUUGUACCUUAUGAACUUUAUUGAGCCAAUUAAAAAUUUGACCAAAGUGUGGCAUAAUCGUUAACCAGACUUUGAAACUCACCAACUAAGAUUCCAAAAAUGUCCUAUUUGGCCUACAAUACGAGGAUUAUGAGGCUCAUCUGAAGGUGGGAUGCUGCUGAAUUACUUUCUGACUUUUAGUUACAGAAAAAAUGGUUGCUACAAUGAAAAGGGGUAAUUUUAUUUUAACUUUGGCAUUUUUCCCAACAAUAUUUGUCCAACAAAAUGUAGCUUAUGGUUAUUCUAAACAUUUAGGUUUUCACGUUGUUAAUAAGUGCAUGGGUGAAAAUAAAAACCGAUAAUUAACUAUAUUUGAUUUUGGAAUAAAAGUUACGAGUUUUGAUGUAACAAAGCGUAAACACGUUUGCAAAUCGAAUUGCUUUACAUUAAUGUUUUUUUAGAUGAAUAGAUUAUCUAUUAUAUGUUUUGAAUAAAAAAGGGCCUCGAACAAAUUGUGUUCCAUUCAAAAUUAUAUAAAUUUGAAGUUUUACCGGCUUAGAUUAGAAUAUUUUGGAAAGGUUAUUUUGUUGAAAAAUAUAGGCCUUAAUGAAAAAGAAAUAAAGUAUAUUACAUAAUG